AUGCGCGCGCGCGGACGGAACGCCGUCGCGGAACGCAAGCGCGAUUCGACGAUCGCGACGGUGGCGGACGUCGCCGCGCAGGUGGCGUGCGCGAGGGCGCUGCGCGGCGGCGAGGGCGAAGAUUUCGUGGGCGAGGAGACGACGCGAGCGCUGGACGGUGACGCCGACGUCGUGACGGCGAUUUUGACGGCGUGUGGGGCGGGAGUGGACGAAACGGAGGCGAGGGAACGGCUGAGGGAGACGUCGGGGGGGAUCGGGCGGUACUGGGUGUGCGAUCCUCUGGACGGCACGAAGGCGUUCGCGGCGAGCGACGACGCGGAUAAACAAUACGUGCUCGGAUUGGCGCUCAUGAGCGACGUCGGGACGCCGGAGAUCGCGGUGAUGAUAGCGCCGAAGUGGCCGGGCGGAGGAUUGGAGGUGGUCGCCGCGCGCGGUCGCGGGUGUUUCGCUCGCUCGCGCGACGACGAGACGAGCGCGUUUCGGCGCGUUUCGUGCGCGCAGCCGAAAGCGUUGUCGGACGCGAACGUCGUCAUUUCGGCGCACGAAUCGUUCGAGUCUUUGCCGCUCGGCCGGGCGGGCGUGUCGCCGGCGCGGGUGCGCCGAUUGUGUUGCGGGAGUCUGUGCAAAUACGUCGACGUCGUCGCUGGCUCGUCGUCGAUUUUUAUUCAACACGCAAAGGAGGGCGGCGACGACGCGUGCGUCAAUUCUUGGGAUCACGCCGCGGGUGUUUUAUGCGCCGAAGAGGCUGGUUGUGUCGUGACGGAUUUACACGGACGCUCGCUCGGGUUUCUCGGUCGCGACGGCGACAGACGGCGUUUCUCGCCGGGCGGCGGCGGCGUGAUUUGUGCGGCGAAAAGCGUUCACGAGAACGUCGUGCGAGCAUUUCGAGAAGGCAUUGCGAUGAGUUCCUGA